UUCUCAGAUCCAUGAUCAAAAGACUAUAUUACCUGUGAGAGCAACAGCAAGGAUAUGUUACCUGUGAGAACAGCAACAAAAACAACAGGAGUUAAACCCAGAGAUGUGAAGGGAAUCUUUCCUCUAAUGAUAAUAAUGGUGAUAAUUUUCUUGCUGCUUCUGUUCUGGGAAAAUGAACUGAAUGAGGAAAUGAUGCAGCUGUCAACCUUAGAGCACAUGCAUGUGGACUACCCUCGGAGCCACCUUCCUUCAAGGUACUGCAACUACCUGAUCAUAGAAAAAGUCAUCAGGGAACCUGACCACACUUGUAAAAAGAAGCAUGUCUUCAUCCAUGAGAGGCCUCGAAAACUCAAUAGUGUUUGCACUUCCCCCAAGAAGGUGCCUUGCCAAAACCAUUCCGCCACUUUCUGCUUCCAGAGCGAGACAAAGUUUCAAAUGACCGUCUGUCAGCUCAUUGAAGGCACCAGAUAUCCUGCCUGUAGGUACCACAUUUCCCUCACAGAGGGGUUUGUUCUUGUCACUUGUGAUGAGGUGGGGCCAGUUAAUUUCCAGGGAUAUGUUGAGUGACUUGAGGUUAUAUAACUCAGCUCCUGAGGCUGAGAUCCUCUCGUCUCCUCUCUCAGUGGCACUGGGGCUGGGUGUCCAGAGGCAGACUGGAACUGUGGACAUGGGGGACUACCUUGAGUGAAAUGGGUAGCCACUGGCAAUUAUUAAUAAUUUAUCCUUCCAGUAUUGCUGAGUUGGAA